AUUUCUCUCUGCUUUGGAUGGGAAGCGCAACGUUUUCUGAGCUGCUGACUCCUGUGAGGGUUAAAUGUUUCUGUCCCAAGUGUAAUUUACUCAACAUAGAUGAGGAAUCUGAGUCUUCUGUUGAGGAAAGGACCUUCAUAACUGGGAAACAUCCUUCUGUCCUAUUUGCUGCUGCAUAGUUCCUUUCCUUUGGAAUUUAAUAAGCAUGGGGCCAUCAAAUGGAGACGAGGAAGAGAAGAGUGUAAUCCUGAUCAGUGAUGAUGAAGCUGAGAACACGCUUGGGAGUUCAGUUGUGUUAGUAGACCCAUUAGAGACGACUGUCCUGGAAGAGGAGAAAUCUGGAGAGGUUGUGGAUGAGGAGGGUGAACUAAUGGUUACUUUCUGUAAACAAGCCAAAGUUAUGCCUCAUGCAAGAUACGACUGUACAAGACAUCCGUUUGAGCGAAUGGAAUGUGAUACAUGUUCACCCCUUGGAAAAAAUGCUGAUAUUUGUAAUCAGUGCUACUGCUACAUUUGUGAUAAGCUAGCUUCUGAGUGCCAGAACUGGACAACCCCUUCCCUUUGUCAUUGCAAUGCGCAUAACAAAAGCAAAUUCUGGAAGGACCAGCGUGAUUUUGCCUUGGCUGGUGUUCUUGUAAUGUUCAAUUUGGAGCUCACAGACAUAGAUGCAGACCUUCGGCAUGGUGGAAGUCUUCUAAUAAAUUUUAUCCGUGAACUUUCGGUGGAAUAUAAUAAGUAUUUGACUGGAGAAAAAAUGCCUCCCAAACAAUACGAAUGUUUUUGUCUCCCAAAACUGCCACCUGGGCAAUGCAAUACCUGCAAAUCACGCCAAAUGGAGGUUGUGUACAAGUAUUCUGGAGUUUUUGCGCUGGUAACCAGAUUUUUAAAUCAGGCAGAAAGAGAGAAUCCUAAAGCUGCUGCUGUCAUGUUUCUGGGAGCAGCUAAAGAGAUAGCACUUCAUAAAGACCCUGCUUUAAGCUGGCAGAACCUUGGUCAGACUGCUUCAUUAAAGAUUGCUGUCCCUUGUCUGCUGCAAAGAAUCACAACACAACUUCAAAGGAUGCUGGUGUUGUGUGACUUCCCAAAAAGCUUGUAUGAAAAGUUUGUUAAUUUUUUUCAAUCCAUAUCACUUCCAUGUCACUGUUUUGGCUUCUCAAAUAGCUUAAAUGUUGUACCAUGGGACCAUGUAUUACUGACCACUGUUUUAAAAGGCCAGAACAUUACUGGCCAAAGAACACAGAAAGGAAGAAAAGUAUUUCUGUGGGAAACACUUCCUGUUAUACAGGCUCGAGUGGAGAAAUUGAUAGACAAAACAAACUAUAAAGAAGUUGUUCGCUACCUGAGAGCUGUGAAAUGCAAUGAUGCCAAAGGGUUAAGAGACCUUAGAGAUAAAAUCCCAUUCUAUUUGUGUAAAACUGGAGACUUCCUUGAUGCUGCACAUUCACUGUUGUUUCCAGUCAAUAGCCUUGCGUGCUGUACUGCCUGCCGGGUAACACCGUUACAAUUUGAAAUCUACUUAAAGAUGUUCAGAACAGGCAGUGUCCCCAGUGGAAAGGAUUUUCAAGACUCUGGGCCUUGGGUUACAAUUGGGUCUCCUUUGAAAGACGGUGUUCUGAUUAAGCAGGCACUCAAACUGCUUUACAGCAAUAUGUUGCUAUACAGGAAUCCCAAAUGUUGGAGUUCUCUCAUCAUGAUUUUGGGCAGUAGCAGUUUGCUGGGAAAAAACGGAUACCUACAUCCCUUGUCGUUGAAAGAGCCACCACUUGAAUUCCAAGAGGGAGUGCUGGCUGCCAGUAGUGGUCUGUUGGAUGAGCUGAAGGCAAAAGUUAAUAUUUCUUUGCCAUCUGCUAUUUUCUCUUCUCAUCUGCACCGUGAGGCUUGUCUUAUUCUCGCAGUGCAAGCAGUACAGCAGAUGCUUUUCUGUGAUCUUCCAUAUUUGAAUUCCUUCCUAGAGAUAGCCCUGGCAUUUGGGAAUAACUUCUGGGCUCUGAGGCUAUUAUUAGACCAUCUUUCCUAUGAAGAACAUGUUCUCCAUGGCACUGUCAACUUGAUUUUGAGAGAUCUGGAUUGUCGAAAAGCAACGAUGCUAAAACUGUGGCAAAACCUUGGUCCUCAGUAUGUAGGUGAAUUCCUUUGCCUGUUCCUGACUUGCAGACAUAAGAAAAUGCAAUCCAUUGGCUUGUUCACUCUGAGUAUUAUUACAGAGAACCUGCAUAUGUGUCCAUGGGCAAAGCAUCUUUGCAACUUCUUUCACAAUGCAGGAUUAAGGCACCUACCCCUUGGCACCACAGCUCAUCAUGAAGUCUCCAAAUUCAUAAACAUUUUGGAAAAAUUGUAAUUUAGCAAAAUUCAUAAGGAUUUUUUUAAAUUUGUCUUAAUCUAAAUCUCUUCCUAGAUUCCCAUGCGUUCUGCCUUGGUUGUCUUCUCUUUCUUCCCUUAAAUACCUUCAGCUGAAGAAUUGACUUCAAAGCUAAAAAUAAAAUCCUAGGUUUAGGCGAACAGUGUCUCUAUUUCAGUAAGUGUUCUUGAAAUUUCCUUUCUUUCAGGGCUGUGUAUUAAGCAGUUGUUUUUAGAGUUAGUGGUCAUAAAUCUAAGAAAACUCAGUCUACAGAGAGAUGCUGUUUGGGGUUGGGGGAGAAACAGGAAGGGACAAAGUAG